AGAGAAUCAUCAGCAAGACACUUGUGGCCGUCGAAGGAUGAACAAUAUGACAGGAUAUUACAUCAGUUAAACACAGUACCUGUUAUUAAUACUUCUCUUCCUAUGAAAUUAAUUUAUUUGGAUUGGGGAUUUCUGUAUGGCACAUCUGCUGGGCAAAAGAUGUUUCUUGACGAAAAAUGUCCAGUUUCGUGGUGUUCUUUCACAGACGACAAAAAGAUGAAAAGAAAAGCAAAUCUAGUUGUUUAUAGAAAUAGUUUAGAUAAAUACGCUGGAUGUGGAGAUGACAGUGGAAAAAGUUGCUCUCUACGCAAACAAAUUCAUAUGUUGAUAACCCAAGAAUCACCGUUCCAUACUCCGUACUACAAAAGUGCUAUUAACUGGACAGCUACUUAUCGGUCGGAUUCCACUAUCGUUAUGCCUUACGGAAAAUUUGUUUUUUUUAAAAACUUUUCUAAACUUCCUGAUAAAACUUACAAAAAUUUUGCUUUGGGAAAAGAAAAAAAAGUUGCAUGGUUUGUCACUAAUUGUAGACCUAAAAACGGCAGAUAUGAAUAUGCUGAAGAGCUUGCCAAAUAUAUCGAUGUUGAUAUUUAUGGUGGGUGUGGCAAAAAAACUUGUGGCGACCAGUAUGAUAAACGUUGUUAUGACUUACUCCUCAAUGACUACAAAUUUUAUCUAUCUUUCGAAAAUUCUAACUGCAAAGAAUAUAUAACUGAAAAGUUUUUUCGCAAUGCACUAAGUUAUGACGUGUUGCCAAUAGUAAUGGGAGCAAGACCAGAAGAUUAUGAAAAAGUGGCCCCACCUAAUUCUUACAUACAUGUUGACGAUUUUGUUUCUCCAAAACAAUUAGCUUCUUACCUACAUAAAUUAGAUCGUGAUGAUUACCUUUACAACAGCUAUUUUCGAUGGAAAGGUACCGGAGAGUUCGUUGACACAAAAUUUUGGUGUCGAGUUUGUACAAUGCUUCACGAACAAGAUGCAACAGGUGUCCAAAUGUGGUACGACAACUUGGAUCUUUGGUGGAGAGCGCCAGGCACUUGC